CAGAUAUGAGCAAAAAACCUAAGCAUAAAGAAACAUACGCAUCAGGAUGUUUUUUGUUUAUCCGUCAGUAGCUUUUCUUGGGGAAGUAACCGCUAUAUAAACCAGCCAGGUGAAUCAAACAUCAACAUUCGCAUUCAAAAAAGACAGAAUGAACAUUAUAGUUUUGGGAGGUGUGUUGGUGGCGUUGUGCGUUGUGGCGUCGGCGGUGCCUGCGGACCUGGCGGAGGGUGCCGGGGUGCCUGUGGAGUCCCUGCAGGCCGCUGAGACUCGCGGCUACGGACACGGGCACGGCGGACACGGCCAUCAUGGUGGCUACAGCGGCGGAUAUGGCGGCGGCUACGGAAGUCACCAUGGUGGGCACCACGGCGGCGGCUACGGCGGUGGCUAUGGCGGCGGCUAUGGCGGCGGAUACGGCGGCCAUCAUGGCGGCGGCUACGGCGGUCACCACGGCGGCUACGGCGGUGGCUAUGGAGGUCACCAUGGAUAUCGCCGCGGCUGAUACGCUAAAUUUACUGAAUAGCUAAUGUGAAGCUGUGAGAUUAACGAUAUGGAUUAUAGUAUUAAUUUUAAAUAGAAUUGACGUCCAUUCGUUGAAACCUAAGAUAAUUUGUCUGUGAUUAUUACUAAAAAAUAUUAAUGUAAGUAACUAAGUACAGCCAAAUAAUACAACCUGUGCUAUAAUAAAAUUAAUAUCAACAAAAUGUA